AUGUUCUCUCCCGAUUUGGAAACGGAUACCACUGCGGAAGAAACAGCGCCCAACACCCCCAAUGAUGGAGAGGAUGCACCAGCCAGCAUUGAUGUACUGGAGGAGGUGAGAGCUAGGGUACGCGGUUGAAUGUAGAUUACAUAAUAGGGAAGACAGCAUCAUCCUGAAAAAGCGCAUAAUGAUGUAUUUUUUAUGAAUUAAAAGUAUAUGAUAUAUAGCCUUCUAGACUACUGCAUAUAUUUGGUGGAAAGGCAACUUAUUAAUUGGUGCAAACAAGUGCAGCCCGCAGCCUCAUAAGAAAAGGCACACAAUCAAUAGGCCCUACCUGUGGACCUAUAUCAUAUUGAUUAUUGCAAUUCAUGGGUAACUUGGGGGGAAAAGUAUUAUUGGGUAUGACGCUACAAGCUUGGCACACCUGUAUUUGGGGAUUUUCUCCCAUUAUUCUCAGCAGAUCCUCUCAAGCUCUCAAGCACUGUCAGGUUGGAUGGGCAACUUCACUGCACUGCUAUUUUCAGGUCUCCAGAGAUGUUCGAUUAGGUUCAAGUCCGGGCUUUGGCUGGGCCACUCAAGGACAUUCAGAGACUUGUCCUGAAGCCACUCCUGCAUUGUCUUGGUUGUGUGCUUAGGGUCAUUGUCCUGUUGGAAGGUGAACCUUCGCCCCAGUCUGAGGUCCCCAGCGCUCAGGAGCAGGUUUUCAUCAAGGAUCUCUCUGUACUUUGCUCCAUUUAUCUUUCCCUUGAUCCUGACUAGUCUCCCAGUCCCAGCCGCUGAAGCAUAUCCCCACAGCAUGAUGCUGCCACCACCAAGCUUCACCGUAGGGAUGGUGCCAGGUUUCCUCCAGACGUGACGCUUGGCAUUCAGGCCAAAGAGUUCAAUCUUGGUUUCAUCAGACCAGAGAAUCUAGUUUCUCAUGGUCUGAGAGUCCUUUAGGUGACUUUUGGCAAACUCCAAGCGGGUUGUCGUGCCUUUUACUGAGGAGUGGCUUCCGUCUGGCCACUCUACCAUAAAGGCCUAAUUGGUGGAGUGCUGCAGAGAUGGUUGUCCUUCUGGAAGGUUCUCCCAACUCCACAGAGGAACUCUGGAGCUCUGUCACCUCCCUGACCAAGGACCUUCUCCCCCGAUUGCUCAGUUUGGCCGGGUGGCCAGCUCUAGGAAGAGUCUUGGUGGUUCCAAACUUCUUCCAUUUAAGAAUGAUGGAGGCCACUGUGUUCUUGGGGACCUUCAAUGCUGCAGAAUUUUUUUGGUACACUUCCCCAGAUCUGUGCCUCAACACAAUCCUGUCUGGGAGCUCUACGGACAAUUCCUUCGACCUCAUGGCUUGGUUUUUGCUCUGACAUGCACUGUCAACUGUGGGACCUUAUAUAGACAGCUGUGUGCCUUUCCAAAUCAUGUCCAGUCAAUUGAAUUUACCACAGGUGGACUCUAAUCAAGUUGUAGAAACAUCUCAAGGAUGAUCAAUGGAAACAGGAUGCACUUAAGCUCAAUUUCGAGUCUCAUAGCAAAGGGUCUGAAUACUUAUGUAAAUAAGGUAUUUCUGUAAUUUAUUUUUAAUACAUUUGCAAACAUUUCUAUAAACCUGUUUUCACUUUGUCACUAUGGGGUAUUGUGUGUAGAUUUAUGAGGAAAACAUGUAAUUAAUCCAUUUUAGAAUAAGGCUGUAACGUAACAAAAUGUGGAAAAAGUCAAGGGUCUAAAUACUUUCCGAAUACACUGAAUAAAAAAGUUUAUAGAUCUAACUUCAUUAGAUUAUUUUUAUAUAUACAGUGGGGAAAAUAAGUAUUUAGUCAGCCACCAAUUGUGCAAGUUCUCCCACUUAAAAAGAUGAGAGAGGCCUGUAAUUUUCAUCAUAGGUACACGUCAACUAUGACAGACAAAUUGAGGAAAAAAACCCCAGAAAAUCACAUUGUAGGAUUUUUAAUGAAUUUAUUUGCAAAUUAUGGUGGAAAAUAAGUAUUUGGUCACCUACAAACAAGCAAGAUUUCUGGCUCUCACAGACCUGUAACUUCUUCUUUAAGAGGCUCCUCUGUCCACUCGUUACCUGUAUUAAUGGAACCUGUUUGAACUUGUUAUCAGUAUAAAAGACACCUGUCCACAACCUCAAACAGUCACACUCCAAACGCCACUAUGGCCAAGACCAAAGAGCUGUCAAAGGACACCAGAAACAAAAUUGUAGACCUGCACCAGGCUGGGAAUACUGAAUCUGCAAUAGGUAAGCAGCUUGGUUUGAAGAAAUCAACUGUGGGAGCAAUUAUUAGGAAAUAGAAGACAUACAAGACCACUGAUAAUCUCCCUCGAUCUGGGGCUCCACGCAAGAUCUCACCCCGUGGGGUCAAAAUGAUCCUGGAGGUCCUGGAGUGGCCUAGCCAGUCUCCAGAUCUCAACCCCAUAGAAAAUCUUUGGAGGGAGUUGAAAGUCCGUGUUGCCCAGCGACAGCCCCAAAACAUCACUGCCCUAGAGGAGAUCUGCAUGGAGGAAUGGGCCAAAAUACCAGCAACAGUGUGUGAAAACCUUAUGAAGACUUACAGAAAACGUUUGACCUGUGUCAUUGCCAACAAAGGGUAUAUAACAAAGUAUUGAGAAACUUUUGUUAUUGACCAAAUACUUAUUUUCCACCAUAAUUUGCAAAUAAAUUCAUUAAAAAUCCUACAAUGUGAUUUUGUGGAGAAAAAAAAUCUCACUUUGUCUGUCAUAGUUGAUAAAAAUUACAGGCCUCUCUCAUCUCUUUAAGUGGGAGAACUUGCACAAUUGGUGGCUGACUAAAUACUUUUUUCCCCCACUGUACAGUACCAGUCAAAGUUUGGACACACCUACUCAUUCAAGGGUUUUUCUUUAUUAGUACUAUUUUCUACAUUGUAGAAUAAUAGCGAAGACUUCAAAACUAUGAAAUAACACAUAUUGAAUCAUGUAGUAACCAAAAACGUGUUAAACAAAUCAAAAUAUAUUUUAUAUUUGAGAUUCUUCAAAGUAGCCACCCUUUGCCUUGAUGACAGCUUUGCACACUCUUGGCGUUCUCUCAACUAGCUUCAUGAGGUAGCCACCUGGAACGCAUUUUAAUUAAUAGGUCUGCCUUGUUAAAAGUUAAUUUGUGGAAUUUCUUUCAUUCUUAAUGCAUUUGAGCCAAUCAAAUCAAAUCACAUUUUAUUUGUCACAUACACGUGUUUAGCAGAUGUUAUUGCGGGUGUAGCGAAAUCAGUUGUGUUGUGACAAGGUAGGGUUGGGUGGUAUACAGAAGAUAGCCCUAUUUGGUAAAAGACCAAGUGCAUAUUAUGGCAGAACAGCUCAAAUAAGCAAAGAGAAACGACAGUCCAUCAUUACUUUAAGACAUGAAGGUCAGUCAAUCCUGAACAUUUCAAGAACUUUGAAAGUUUCUUCAAAUGCAGUCGCAAAAACAAUAAAGCGCUAUGAUGAAACUGGCUCUCAUGAGGACUGUCACAGGAAAGGAAGACCCAGAGUUACCUCUGCUGCAGAGGAUAAGUUCAUUAAAGUUAACUGCAACUCAGAUUGCAGCCCAAAUAAAUGCUUCACAGAAUUAAAGUAACAGACACAUCUCAACAUCAACUGUUCAGAGGAGACUGCGUGAAUCAGGCCUUCAUGGUCAAAUUGCUGCAAAGAAACCACUACUAAAGGACACCAAUAAUAAGAAGAGACUUGCUUGGGCCAAGAAACACGAGCUGGUGGAAAUCUGUCCUUUGGUCUGAUAAAUCCAAAUUUGAGAUUUUUGUUUCCAACUACCGUGUCUUUGUGAGACGCAGAGUAGGUGAACGGAUGAUCUCCGCAUGUGUGGUUUCCACCGUGAAGCAUGGAGGAGGAGGUGUGAUGGUGUGGGGGUGCUUUGUUGGUGACACUGUCGAUUAUUUAUUUAGAAUUCAAGGUUUUUCAACAGGACAAUGACCCAACACACCUCACCUCCAGGCUGCGUAAGGGCUAUUUGACCAAUAAGGAGAGUGAUGGAGUGCUGCAUCAGAUGACCUGGCCUCCACAAUCACCUGACCUCAACCCAAUUGAGAUGGUUUGGGAUGAGUUGGACCGCAGAGUGAAGGAAAAGCAGGCAACAAGUGCUCAGCAUAUGUGGGAACUCUUUGAAGACUGUUGGAAAAGCAUUCCUUGUGAAGCUGGUUGAGAGAAUGCCAAGAGUAUGCAAAGCUGUCAUCAAGGCAAAGGGAAGAAUCUAAAAUAUAAAAUAUAUUUUGAUUUGUUUAACACUUUUUUGGUUACUACAUAUAAUAUAAUAUGCCAUUUAGCAGACGCUUUUAUCCAAAGUGACUUACAGUCAUGUGUGCAUACAUUUUUACGUAUGGGUGGUCCCGGGGAUCGAACCCACUACCCUGGCGUUACAAGAGCCACGCUCUACCAAUUGAGCUACAGAGGACCACCUACAUUAUUCCAUAUGUGUUAUUUCAUAGUUUUGAUGUCUUCACUAUUAUUCUACAAUGUAGAAAAUAGUAAGAAUAAAGAAAAACUUGUUCUAAAUGACAAAAUAUUUGAUAAAUGUACCUCAAAAUCAUUUGCUUGGAGUGACUUAAAUUGAGAUGAGACAGAUUACAUUUUUAGUUGAGCAAGACUAGUGGCAAGGAAAGUGUUGAACAUUUUUCUGGUGACAUAAAGUGGUUUAACCCCACGCCACACUAUUCAUCAGAUGCAAGAAAAUGUACUGAGUGCAAUUUCUGUACCACAAAAUGAUCUCUGUUCUCUGGAGUCUAAUAAUGGCAUCACAAUUGAUUCACCAGCAAAAUACUAUUUCAUUUAAUCGUUUCUCAGAUUGGAUGGAAGUGCAAUAGCCAAGAGCAACAUAUAGCCUGUAUGAUGUCCAACCCUACCAUUAUCUCUAAAUGAAUAUAUUAUUUUACUUUUAUUCUGCAUUCAAAAGUACUGUAUUAUGUAUAAGACAGAAAACAACUUAAUCUUUCUAAGAAAUACAUGUCAUAGAAGACAGAGCCUAGUAAUGGCAUGGAUAUGCAAGGCACAAUACAGCAAUUCUGAGAAGCUGGAUUUUGUAACCUGUAGUUGAUGAUGUGUACUAUGAAUGCUGGAGUUUUACCUCCAGUCUGUAGGCUAUAAUUACACAAAUUCCAUCUGGGGAAUUGAUUGUGUGCAGCCUACCGUGAAAUAUAGCUUCUAGGAGAGACCAUAAAAUGAUGGAGAGUUUUUUUUGUGAUCAAUCCUACUGUCUGUGUCCCAGAGGUCCUGACCCAUGAUGCUGUGUUGCCUGUACGAGGAUGCUCCAAAGUCAAUGGUAUUGCUGACGUUUUACUUGUGUCGAUGCCUGGUUACAUGUCCAGUCUGAGUUAGCCCUUUCUGUCUGGUCUGGCUAGUUUGGUUCAUAACCUUCAUAUGAAACACUUUACCAGUAAAACAUUGUAUCUGACUUACAAUGUGUGUGGCAUUUCAGGGAUAUAAGUUAUUGGAACCAAGUUGACUGAUGAUUGACUUAUGAGUCAGCAUUGCUGACUGAGUUCUCCCUUUAUCACAUAUCAGUUAAUGAAAUGUUUCUUGCAUGAAGCUACACUAAUUCUUAGAGGUGAAAGACCAUGACACUUCCACUAUGUGGUCAGUUGAUCUUCAUGGGUGAAUGGCUGUUAUACACCUGAAAGACCUGAAUUAGCUGAAAACAUGGUCAAACAGUCAAAACAUGUAUUCUUCCUACAACAGGACAAGGUACAACUACAGUAUGUAUAUUUACCCUGCCUAUUUGAAAUGUUUUAUGGCCAGUUGACUUAGGUCUGGGACACUAUACUCAUUGUACUGGGAAAAAAAGCGGAUACAUUUCAUUAGCAGUCAGAAUUGCAAAUGUGAGCACUUUUGAAGAUGUCAGGACAGACUGGGGUUGCUGCACUGAGCUCUUCACUUGACACUCAGCAGAUAUACUGUAUAGGGUACGAAAAAUGUGUAAUCCAAUUACCUGUGUGUUUGAUUCUGUUGUGGUCAAGUUAAGUAUAGAAAGUCAAUGUUCAUUUUAGCAGCAGAGGUCACUGGGAGAUUGAGGAUACACAUGCCCUGUUGGACAUGGUGCAUGACUACUGUAACCCAAAGAUGGUUGAAAGGUUAGCAGUAACAUAGGGGACUGACAAUACAGUGGUGAGGAAGGAUUUGGGUGGAAUGUUAGCGUUGUAUAUUGUCCUAACAUGAUUAGCAGUUGUUUCCAUCGCGCAAAGUAGCCUUAAAUUAAAUUCAAGCAAGCUACUGUACAUGGUAUCGCUUCAACCUCAUUUACUGUACUUUGAGUUUCAAAAAGCUCAGCACAUUACAGCUCUGUAUUGUUAAUUUGCAUUUUGCCCACAGAAAUAUUGGAGCACUGCAUUUUAUUAGGCUCAGUGUUGUGUGUACUCACUUUUCCUCAUGGUACACUGUACCAGGUACAGUAGAUCUAUUAUUCAGGUGACACUGUUGCUUUCUGCCCUGUUAAAAACCUUUCAACCUGUAUAGGUAAAUCAAAUAGCCUACAUUGUGAUCCAGCUCUCCUUAAACACAGAAAUAUAAACAAACUGAUUAAUCAGACAUGGCAUUGCAGGAAAGAGGCAACAUAAAGAAACUGUUGUAUUUUUAUUAGAGAUUCUGUAAGUUCUUCAAACACUGUUCUCCUUUUAAUAACUCUGCUAAAAGCUUUUUAAAUACAGCCAUUUGUCAUCCAUGUUAUCUUUUCAAAGAGUAUUGUAUGUAAGCUUUUCUCUCACUCUCUCUCUUUUUACUCCUCUCUUUUCCUAUGCAGCAGCGGCCUGUGAAGCAAUCACUUAGUGCCUGUAUGUGUCGAGAGUCCCACUGGCGUUGCCUACUGCUCUCCCUCCUCAUGUACAGCUGCCUUGGCACUGUGGCUUGGUGCCAGCUCACCCAAGUCACCAAGCUCAGCUUCGACUCAUCCGUCACCUCCCUGACAGCCUCCAUUUCCUCACUCCGAGGGACUGGCAUGGGAGGCCGCUCUAUGAUUUACCAUGACAGCCCCUGCUCUGACGGCUAUGUGUACAUCCCUCUGGCCUUCCUGUUCAUGCUCUAUGUCGUCUACCUGAUAGAGUGUUGGCACUGCCAGGCUUGCAGUGAGCUACAGUGUAAGGCUGAUGUGGAUAGCGUGUAUGAGCGGGUAUUGCGGAUGCAACAGGCCCGUCCGUGUGUUUGGUGGAAGGCCAUAAGUUACCAUUUUGUUCGGAGGACCAGACAGGUGACCCGCUACCGGAACGGCGAUGCCUACACCACCACCCAGGUCUACCAUGAGCGGGUCAACACACACGUGGGGGAGGGAGAGUUCGACUACAGUCGCUGUGGUAUGCGGGAUGUCUCGCGGGAUCUACGUGGACUUGAGAGCCACCCGGCAACGAGACUUCGUUUCACCAAGUGCUUCAGUUUCGCUGGGGCCGGACCAGAAAAUAAUUACCUCAACCAACGUGCCAGGUUCUUCUCAGAGAUUGAGGGUUUGGAUGACUACAUGGAGGCUCGGGAAGGGAUGCAACUGAAAAACGUGGACUUUAAAGAGCACCUGAUAGCCUACGUGGACCCUGACCGGUUGCCCUGGUAUACUUCUCAGGUGGCAUUCUGGUUCGCUGCUCUGCUCAUGCUGGCCUGGCCCCUGAGGGUGCUUAUAGAGUACCGUACAGCUUUUGUGCACUACCAUGUUGAGAAGCUAUUUGGGCUGGAGUACAGCCACAGUAGCCCCUCUCCAAUAGAGGAGGUUCCCAUCAGGAGUGGUCUCCCUCGGGUAGAUACCGUGGACAGCACUGAGCUGGAGUGGCACAUCCGGUCCGACCGCCAGUUGAUCCCCAGCUACUCAGAGGCCAUGCUGAUGAACCAGGCGUCUUCAGACUCUGGUACAGCUGAUGACACCAGGUCCUCUAACUGCUUCCUGCUGGACAGCCACCCAGCCCGGAGCUAUGGCACGCUGGUGCAGGACUGUGAGCACUGCUGCCAGCUUCAGGGCGAGGUUGGACAGAGGCGGGCCACCACCAGCUCCAGCUGUUCCUCCAUCUUCUCCCAUCAUGCCUUUCACUCCCACCUCUCCCUGGACACCUCCCACUUCUCACUGUGCCGCAUGUACGGCUCUCGGCGCACCGUGGGCCUGUGGAGGAGCCGCAGCAGCACACUGACUGACCACUGCUGUGUGGACGAGCAGUGCUGCCGUUCCUACUCCAGCCAGCUGGCUCUCAAUGAGAGCCCGCCCACCUACCAGGACGCACGCUUCUUCCCCGUUCUCAUUGUGCACCGGCCCGAGGGCUGCGGUAGUGGUGACUCCACCACAGAGGUGCGUCGCUACUAUGUCCGCCGGGGGUCCUGCAGCCUGGAGACCUCACUCUGA